GGUGCGGCAGAGGCAGCAUGGCGGCGGCCGCGGGGGCCGGGACCGAGCUGCCGGGAACGGACAGCGGGAACGUCUCGCAGAGCCACAGCCGCGCCUCCGGCCUCGGCCAGCCGGAGGACGAGGAGGCCUCGGAGGCGUCGCUCGGCGCCACCGCCGCCGCCUAUUCCGCCUACCUGCUCGCCGACCGCAGCCUCUUCAGCGAGCAGAUAGAAAGCUUAGACAAGAGCCUGGAGGAUUUGCUGACCAGAGUGGAUGAAUUUGUGGGAAUGCUGGACAUGAUUCGAAGUGAUUCCUCUCAAGUUGUCAAUGAAAGUAUACCUCAGAUUUACACAAAAGCUACAGAAAUGAGACAGAUAUACAGGAAGAUUGACAAACUAGAGGCUUUUGUGAAGAUGAUUGGAAAUUGUGUAGCUGGACUGGAAGAACGGGUCAUAAAGGCAGAAACAGAUCUUGGAGCUUUUCCGAGCACAUUUAAGAAAAUCUUGCACACAAUCAGCAUACCAUCCUUCCUUAAUAUUUUGUCCCAAGUUCUUCCCUUGUGAAUACCAGGCAGUGUAAAGUACAGUACUGUAAGACUUCUAAUAUCACUAAGGAUGUAGACUCUCUCAAAAGGUAAAAAUGUUUGCUAAGCAGCUGCAAAAUUAGCUAAUCAUAAUUGUGUACUCAGGCAACUGUGGGUACUGUGCACACCUAUGAAUUUCCCCGCUGGGUUGAAAUUAUCCCCUUCUUGCACAUAUGUGAACAUAGUGCCUCUUAAAUCAGUGUCACGAGCUGCAGAAUACCUGUAACCUUAGUUUCCCUUGCUUGAAAGGUGUUUUCUCAUAGGGCAGUACAGGACAGGAAAUAAUUUUUAAAAACAGAGCUUUGAUUUCAAAGUUUUUUUUUUUUUUCACAUUUUGCAAAAUUUCUGAUAUAGAGAACAUUGAUAAUAUCCUCUAUUUAUAGGUCUGAUCUUUGUUUAUUAUUUCAUUACAACUUGAAUGGCAAAACAAACUUGUUUCAGAGAAAUUAAUGGCAUUGUAAAGCUAAAGACAAAUAUAAUUUAAAUGUCAUAAAUCAGCAAUUUUGUAUACAACAGGAGAAUAUGUACUUACUUCAUGUGGAGUACAAGUAUAGGGCUCAACUGAAUGUUGGGAAAAUUCCACUUAGCUGUUUUGUAGGUAUGCUUAAUUAUAUCCUCAUUUUGGUAUUGUAAAAGUGUUCCACACUCCAAGUAUACUAACGAUACUUGCUAUGCUUUUAACUUUAUUAUUGGUGAAGGCUAAUUUCCUCAUCCCAGACAGGCAAAAAAGUAAAGUCAGUCGUGGUCCUUCCUGUUGUCUCUUUAAAUGAGUCAUUUGAUAUAGCAAAACAGUGUACAGCUAAUAUUUAAAAGAAACAUGUACGCUUUUCCUGAAAAACAGUGUGACAGCUUUUUUACAGUCUACUACCUUCUUUUUAACAGUAUGUCAUAGUAUAUACGUUCUAACAUACACUUGAUGAAGAAGCUCAGCAGGAGCAGCAACCUUCUCAGAAGAAACAUUUGCCAGGUGUGUUUCCACAUGAAGAGGAGUUAAAUGUGUAAAUGAGAACACAGGCUGGGGUUAACUCAAAGGAAGCAGCUGAGGAGAACUCACAAGCCAGAGCAGGAAAGGUGAAGGUGUAUGGCUUUGGAAGCAUGAAUGUUACAAUGACUAUACCAUCAGCUGGAACAGGUUACGCAUUUGGCUCCUGCAGAGCUGGCAUAUCAUACACUUUCCAGGACUGAGUCUGUUCAGGUGAUAGAAUGGCAGAAGUCAAAGGCUUAACUAACGUUAAGAAUAUGCCGGACCCAUCUGAGCUAUGAUUAAAAAUUCACCUAAGGAAACGUGCCUUUAAAACUUUGUUUUCCAUUUUAGCUCUGUAGGCUUUUUUUAAAAACUUGGUUUUUUUAAGAAGGUGAAAAAU